AUGGCAGCCAAGACAACCUUUACUUUCCAGACUUGCCAGCAGGUUCUACAAAACCUUUUGCAGGACAUUUAUGAUCUUCGUCAACAAGGGAUCAUUCUGAAUACAUUCAUCAAGGUGGUUGGGGCGCACGCGGCGGCGGCGAGGAUUAGUCCCUUCCGGGAUACAUCUGACAUCGACGUGAUCGUAUCAAAUGCCCGACAUAUCGAGGACCUUCUCGUGAAACACUAUCCUACGAAAUACUGUUUGGAAGGUGAUUUAACCGAAAAAAUGUUGUAUCGGAGACUAGGGAAUUGCGGGAUCAGUGCUCCUUCAAAGUUACCGAUAGAUUUGAUCAGUUCUGCCAAUAUGCCUCCAGAACAUCCUGUCACCGCAGACAUGAUUUCAAUCGACAUGUUUCCGAAUGCCUUCGAUCUCAGAGGCUUCGCUACUUUACUGGAUCUCAUCGUACUCAAGAUAGGAUCGAUUGUCAGUGGCAACUUGAAGCGUGAUGCCAAGAAGAUCUGGCAAGACAAGUUGGACCUACAGCAGCUCGUACACCAUCAAAACAAUGUCAUGCAAUCUCUGGGGAGGCUAUUGGAUGCUACUGAAUUCUCUGGAGACGACCUCCAUGCACGCUACAUAUUCUGCUACUAUGACCACCACAAAAUUCAACCGCUGGGAAGUACCCUGAGAUCUUGGCUUUUCAUGAGUCCAAGUGGCCUACUGAAUGCCAACGGCAAUAUUGUUCUACAAUAUACCGAUCGUGCAAGAGAGUGGGAUAAGUGGGAGUCCGAUGGUGCGCUCUACGACGACGGUUCCGAUUCAGAAUUUUAG